AUGCAGACGGCUGACCGCACCAGCAACGAUGAGAAUCCCCCGGAAUUCGACCAUACCCGGUUUUUCGUCGAGGGGGAUAUAGCGUUGACCUCGGUGAAACCUGCUCCUGAGAUGCUGAUGUUGGGAUUUUUGACGAUUGAGAGCCAAGAUGAGACCGUCAUACUUAAAAGCACAUAG